GGGAGCCAAUAUGGCGCCCUCACUGGGAUCGGGGUGAAAGUGCUGUCCGGCCGCAGCUCUUCUCCCGCCCCAUCAUGUUGGUGCACUUAUUUCGGGUGGGGAUUCGGGGAGGCCAUGUCCCAGGCAGAACGCUACUGCCCCUCCGCUUCCAGACAUUCUCGGCCUUCAGGAGCACCGAUGGCCCUGGCUCCUAUCUGCUCCGGGCUGUGGCCCAGCUGCGCGUCCAGCUCUGGGCCCGCCCGCCUCAAGCACGCCUACCUCCCUGCCGAAGGCCCUCUGCCUGGCGCUGGGUUGGGGGCGUCCUCCUGGGCCCCGCGGCACUGAGUCUGGGCCCCCGCCUCUACCUGGUGGCACUGUGUGAGGCUGAAGAGGCCCUUCCCGCACGCCCCAAAACCUGUGCCGUGGAGGCCCACUUUAACUGGAAGCUCUUCUGGCAGUUUCUGCAUCCCCACCUGCUGAUCCUGGGGGCAGCCGUCGUGAUGGCACUGGGCGCGGCGCUGGCGAAUGUGCAGAUCCCCCUGCUCCUGGGCCAGCUGGUGGAGAUCGUGGCCAAGUACACGAGGGACCACGUGGGCAGCUUCCUGACCGAGUCCCGGAACAUCAGCGCCCACCUGCUCCUCCUGUACGGCCUCCAGGGGCUGCUGACCUUCGGGUACCUGGUGCUGCUGUCCCGCAUCGGCGAGCGCAUGGCCGUAGACAUGCGAAGGACCCUCUUCAGCAACCUGCUCCGACAAGACAUUGCUUUCUUUGACGCGACAAAGACAGGGCAGCUGGUGAGCCGACUGACCGCUGACGUGCAGGAGUUCAAGUCCUCCUUCAAGCUCGUCAUCUCCCAGGGACUGCGAAGCUGCACCCAGGUGGUUGGCUGCCUGGUGUCCCUGUCCAUGCUGUCCCCGCGCCUCACUCUGCUGCUGAUGGUGGCCACGCCCGCCCUGAUGGGUGUCGGGAGCCUGAUGGGCUCAGCGCUCCGCAGGUUGUCUCGCCAGUGUCAGGAGCAGAUCGCCAGGGCAACGGGCGUAGCGGAUGAGGCCCUGGGCAACGUGCGGACCGUGCGCGCCUUCGCCAUGGAGCAGUGGGAAGAGGAGCGCUACGGCGCGGAGCUGGAGGCGUCCUGCUGCAAGGCCGAGGCGCUGGGCAGGGGCAUCGCGCUGUUCCAGGGGCUGUCCAACAUCGCCUUCAACUGCAUGGUCCUGGGCACCCUGUUCGUCGGGGGCUCUCUUGUGGCGGGACAGCAGCUGACGGGGGGAGACCUCAUGUCUUUCCUGGUGGCGUCCCAGACUGUACAGAGGUCUAUGGCCAACCUCUCUGUCCUGUUCGGUCAGGUGGUGCGGGGCCUCAGCGCCGGUGCCCGAGUCUUUGAGUACAUGACCCUGAGUCCGGGCAUCCCGCUGUCCGGGGGCUGCCGCGUCCCCAAGGAGCACCUGCGUGGCUCCGUCGCUUUCCAGAACGUUUCCUUCAGCUACCCCUGCCGGCCCGGCUUCCCGGUGCUCAGAGACUUCACCCUCACGCUGCCCCCUGGCAAGAUGGUAGCCCUGGUGGGCCAGUCCGGGGGAGGCAAGACCACCGUGGCGUCCCUGCUGGAGCGCUUCUACGACCCCACGGCCGGCGUGGUGAGGCUGGACGGGCAGGACCUGCGCACCCUCGACCCCUCCUGGCUCCGGGGCCAGGUCAUUGGCUUCAUCAGUCAGGAGCCUGUCCUGUUCGCAACGACAAUCAUGGAGAACAUUCGUUUUGGGAAGCCAGAUGCCUCCGAUGAAGAGGUGUACGCGGCUGCACGGGAAGCCAAUGCCCACGAGUUCAUCACCAGCUUCCCUCAAGGCUACAACACUGUUGUGGGAGAGCGGGGCGCAACCCUGUCUGGUGGCCAGAAGCAGCGCCUGGCCAUUGCCCGCGCCCUCAUCAAGCAGCCCCUGGUGCUGAUCCUGGACGAGGCCACCAGCGCACUGGACUCGGAGUCUGAGCGGGUUGUGCAGGAGGCCCUGGACCGCGCCAGCGCCGGCCGCACCGUGCUGGUCAUCGCUCACCGCCUCAGCACCGUCCGGGGCGCCCACCACAUCGUUGUCAUGGCCCACGGCCGCGUCUGCGAGAUGGGCACCCAUGAAGAGCUCCUGAAGAAAGGUGGGCUCUAUGCGGACCUCAUCCAGAGACAGGCCCUGGACGCCCCCACCGCCAAGACUCCCAGAGGCCCCGGGAGCCGCCACCCUGAGUCCUGAGAUGCACCCUGAGGUCUGGUCACCGCUGAGCCUGGGGCCAGGGCUGCUGGGGGAGCUCCUGAGGGCCACAGCCUCUGCCCCACUGACCACAGUAAAGGGGCCGGCGCAGGCAGGAGGUGCAGCCUCCCUUGCCCUCCCCUCCGUGCCAGGCUGCUGCCUGCUGCCAGAGCCACUUGCUGGGCUGCAUGGGUGGGGCAGUGACCUCUGGCCCCUCUGCCCCAUCCUCCCUUUGCCCAAACCCCCCCACCCCAGCCCUCAGAAACCUUCCUUCUCCCCUCCGCCCACUGCCUGAAGGUGGCCAGGCCUGGCGCCAGGGCACCCGUGCAAAUCUGGACUUGGGGGUGAGGAUUCAGAUGAGGCUCCCUUCCCUCUCCACACUCAGCCCUUACCCUUCAGCCUCUGCCCCCCACUCUGUGAGAGAAGAAGCCCCAUUCCCUGCCCCAUUAACAGCCCCUACUCCAGAUGACUGCCCCCCAGUCCAAGUGGGAUGGGUCCCAGACACGUACCAGCCUGUCCAGUGAGCGUCUUAGGAGCAGGCACGCUGGAGGCCAUUUCCUAGUCUGGCCUGCCCCCAGGCACCACCCAAGCCCCUAGCCGAGCACACACCACCUGAAGGGGCCUGGGAAGAGCCCCGCCCCUAGGAUGCAGCCUCAGGCAUGUGGGGUGAACAGUCACCAGGCCAAAGAGAGCUUGAUGGCAGCCUAGAUGGCAGCCUCGGGCUGACAAAUACCUAGUCAACCCCAGAGGUGGGACAGCAACUCUGCCUCGAGGGAGGCUUAGGCUCUCCAAGCUGUGAAAGAGGCAGGGCUAGCUUCCCAUGGGCUUCUGAGGGUUCCGGAAAGGUGCAGCUGAAGGACCUUCGGAUCGAACUGGCAUCCUGAGGCCACCGGGCUCCCCUGUGUGUCCUCCCAGGGCUGGGUUCUGCCCCUGUUGCUCCCCUCCCCGCCCAGAACCUUCCCACAGCCGCUUCUGGGCUAAGAAUUCCACCCAGCCCUGCUCCCUCAGGUGCAGGAGGGGAGUGCCUGUGCAGACCUGCCAGCCAGCCAGCAUCUGGAAUCUGCCUGUGGGCCCAGGGCGGUGCUGCUGGGUCUCCAGCAAUGGGCUGGAGCAGCAGAGUCAGCUGUAGCUGGAAGCCAGCCUGGAAGAGGGAGCAGUGACUCCGGUGUGGGUACAGGAGCCCAGGCUGAGGGCCCACCCAGGCUCUGCCAGUGCUACUUUGGGGUCAAAACACCCAUAUUUAUCCCAGGCUGACCCCUGACAUCCUGACGUGUCACAUCCCAGGGCAGCUGCCGCCCAAGAAGCAGAAGGCCAGGCAGGCUCCAGCUGCUGUGCCACCAAACCCCUCCCCACAAGAGCAGCCUCCGCCGGUGUGCGGUGGCACCGUCUGGAAGAGCAGCCCAGGCCAGGCGGCUCCUCCACUGCUCUGGCCCUGGCCGGGCUGCCGGACACCUUGACACCGCAUGCCGGGUCUCCUUCCCUCGUCAGGGGGACACCCCCAGGCCCUCACGCCAGGAAAACAGUGACAUCCAGUCGCGCACUCACUCGGGCCUUAACCUCGAGCUUGGCUCCUGCUGUGGGCGCCGACCGGAAGCCAGGCUGCACUUAAUCUCGAGAGCUUGUUUGAAGACUAAACGGGAUAACCUGUGGUCAACUCGACACUGCUGGUGCUGCAACUUCCGACGGUGGUCAGGACUGGGCAAUAAACCUUUAGCCACCGGCUGUGUCCUGUUCCUUAAGCCCCUGUCCUCUGCCACCGCGCCGCGGUCAGGGACAAGGCCUCCCUGCCCCUGGUCUCAGGACACACGGGGCACAGGUGACCGCAGCUCGGCGUCGGGUGAACUAUGUCGUUUUCUGCUCCCAGCCCGCGGUGUGCACCCGGGGUCCUCGAGUGCUUUGUCGGAGGAGACGGAAUAGAAGUGAUUUCUGUCAGCAAG